UAAUGAUAAUAAUAAUAAUAAUAAUAAUGAUACUCUAGGUUGGCCUGACUGCUGGUGUAUAUUGGUGUGAAUAUUCUUUGCCUGAAUAUUUCUGUAUGAAGGAACUUGAAAUAUUUCUUGAAAUAUGGACAUUCAACAAUUUUAUGAUUCAACCAAAAACCAAUGUUGUUGUUUCCUGUCAAACUGAGAACAAAAUACUGUCUCCCAAACAGCGACAGGAAGACGACAUAGUGACGCCUGAAGAGAAAAACGAAAACGACAAUGUGAACUCUGAAGAUAUGCAAGAAGACGACCUUUCUCUCAAUAACACAGAACAGGAGCUAAUUGAGAUUGAAUCCAAGAAAGAUGGUAAUUGGCAAUUUCCACUCGUAUUUGCUAGCAUAAAUCUACUCAACUCUGUUGCCAACAAUAUAACGUUAGAGGAGAUGGAUAUAUGUAGUUGGUCCUCUUGGUCCUCUUGGAGUGAUUGUUCUAUAACAUGCGGAGGUCGAGGUCGUAGAUCAAGAACAAGAAGCCAGGUAAUAUUAUAG